AUGGCUAAACGUUCGGGAAUUCGGCCAAGUGUUAGCGGAAUGGACUUGAAUAGAAGACUCAAACUGUUGAGUGAUGAAAUGGUUAGUAUAAAAAAGAGUUUGGGGCACGAAGAUGUUGCCACUGUUACAGCUAGUUCAAGUAGACAAUGUCGUUCUAGGCGUCUCAGCCGGAGUAGGAUUAGAAGUGAACGUAAACGUAAUCGUUCCGUUUCUGCAAGUAACUCUGUUAUGACUACGGAAAGGAACAAGCGUGUUAGGCACGAAGAUGUUGCCAUUUCGGUCCAUGAUCGAAAUAAAUCUCGAUAUGUACACGACAAGCAUGAUUAUAAUGGGCACGAAGAUGUUGCCAAUUCUCCGAGAUUUCGGCGUGUUAGAAGAAUUAGCUCUUCUAGUUCUCCCGAUACCGUUGGUGGGCGCGAAGAUGACGCCUCUUCUCACAGCGAAAAUAGCGAUACCGAUGCACCUGAACAAGAGUGCGUUAUGGAGAACGAUGAGAGUGCUGCCUCGACUUCUAACUCUGAUUUGAAAGGUGAUGUUCUACUUCUCCUGGGGAAAAAUGUUGUUAAGAAAUCCAUUCUGCUCCCCCUAUACACCACAAUUUAUCUGAAAUUUGGACUGGGAUAUUACAACAAGGCUUGGACGAAGAUGAAAGACUAG